CCGACCGGAAGUAGGAGGACAGUAGAUGCUGCAGAAGCGAAGCUCGCACGUUGUUGUGACAGACCUGAAUUUCAACUGAAAUCACACUUCACUUCACAAAAGUUAGAAUAAAAACCUUCACUCUGAAGUUAAGCUUGAAARUUUGUGGACGGAGCGAGAUUUGCUUCCUGACUGAGUUGACAUUAUUAUGGCCGGUAGUACCACGAAGACUGUGUACGAAAUCUUCCAAAGCAUGGAGUCCGGACCUGCAUCCGCUUCUAGUACCGCCUCUGCACAGGCCUGGUUGGAUCAUCAUUCCCGCUCGCUCAGUCUUUUUAUUGAUGGCAAGUUUGUCCGUCCAGCAGACAGACAGAACUGCCCCCUGACUGAUUCUAAAGGUGUCAUGGUGUGCAGCACGGUAUCUGCUGAAGAUGGAGACAUUUCUCAGUGUGCCUCAUCUGCUGCGAGUGGCUACAAGUCGUGGAGCAGCCUAACCUGCUCCCAGAGAUCCAAAGUCCUGCUCAGGCUGGUGAGUGUUCUCGGGCUGCACGGUCAGUGUGUGUCGGAGCUGUGUGAGCUGUGUGAAGCCUCCUGCUCGCUCUCGUCCCUGAUCAGACUGCUGCAGUACUACAGCAGCUGGGCUCAGCUCAGAGACACUCUCAUCUCAAACUGGUCUCCUAUUGGUGUGGUGGUUGUUGUUACCUCUGAUGACUGCUCUCUUUAUUCCCUGAUGCUCAAAGUCCUGCCAGUGUUGGCCAUGGGGAACUCUGUGAUUGUUGUUCCCGGUCGGCGUGCCGCCCCUCCAUCCCUCCUCUUGGCGCAGCUUUUUACCACCGCUGGACUUCCUGCUGGGGCUCUUAAUGUUUUAACAGGAAGUAACGUGACUCUGGGGGCCAAAGUGGCUCAGAACCCCAGCAUCAGCCAUGUGACUUACAGUGGCAACAAGCAGGAUGGGGUGGUGCUGUGUAAAGCCACAGCAGAGACCGGAGUUCCUGUCUCUGUCUCCUCYUCUAUCGGGACCACAUGUCCUUUUAUCAUCUUUGAAUCAGCUGACAUCAACAGCGCUGUGGAUGAAGUGAUCCAGACUGCUUUUAAAAAGAAGAAAGAGCUCCAGUGGCUGCUGUGUGUGCAGGAGAGCGUGGCAGAAAGUGUCGUUGCCCGUCUCAAGCUGCGUUUGGCAGGAAUGAAAUGUGUUGCUCUGUGCAGUGACGCAGACAGGACCCUGGUGGACGCUGCAGUACAGGAGGCUCAACAGCAGGGGGCAACGGUGGUUCAGUCUUGCGCUGCUCCUCRUGGUGCCCAGUAUCCUCCCACGGUUCUUUGUGGUGCGGCCCCCUCCUCGCCAUUUGUGGUCAGCCCCUCUCCUGGACCUCUGUUGCCUCUCAUGACUUUCAGAAGCAAUGCAGAAGCUGUUGCCGUGGGAAACCACAGUCCGCAUGGRCAUGCAGCGUCCAUCUGGACCGAAGAUCUCACUCUGGCUCUGGAGACGGCUAAGAGUCUGUCGGUUGGAUCAGUGUGGGUGAAUUCCAGCUCUGUGUUUGAUCCCUGUCUUCCUGUGACUGGGCACAAAGACAGUGGCUCCUGCACUGAUGGAGGACAGGAGGGUCUAUACCACUUUCUGCAGUCGUCCUUUUCUUCCUCUUCUUGUCUUCGCUCCUCUCCUGUUUCAGUCGACUACUCAAAGUUUGGAACAGAAGCUGUCAUUCCUGUUUCUUUGGACCCUACAUGUUCUCCUCCAUCCUACCUGCAGUUUGUUGGAGGCAAAGUGUGUAAAUCAGUGUCAGGCUGCAGUGCGGCAGUGCAGGCACCAGGGGGCGGUAUGUUGGCCAUUUGUCCUGAAGGAAGUCGGAAAGAUGUCCGCAAUGCUGUGGAGGCUGCRAUCAAAGUGCAGCCUGGCUGGAUGAAGAAAAGUCCUUCUGCACGCGCUCAGUCCCUCUACUCUUUGGCUAAAAGUUUAGAGGCCAAGAAGGUGGAGAUAGUAGCAUCAGUCAGCACCCAGACUGGCGUCUCAUUGGCCGAGGCUGAAGAGGAAGUGGAGCUGAGUGUUGCCAGGCUCAGAGUUUGGGCGGCUUACUGUGAUAAAAUGCAGGGAGGCUCACUGCCCAUGCCACAGUCAGGCACUGCUCUCUCCUUCCCUGAGGCCCUGGGAGUCAUUGGGGUGGUCCUGCCUGACAAAAAUCCCCUGCUUUCCCUGGUAACACUUCUCGGGGCAGCCGUCGCUUCUGGGAACGCAGUCGUCAUGAUUCCUAGUAAAAAGUAUCCCCUGCCGGCUUUGGCUUUUGCUCAAGUGCUCCAGUCUUCAGACCUGCCUGCAGGUUUGGUAAACAUCAUUACAGGAAGUCGAGACCAGCUGACAGUGGCCCUUGCUAAUCAUAGUGUCAUCAAGGCCAUCUGGUACUGGGGCAGCGCUGAGGGCUGUCAGUACCUCCAGUACACCUGCACCAGCCCACUAAAAACCCUGUGGCUCGUCUGUCAGGAGGAUGAGGACAGGACGGAGUGGACCCAGUCUCAUCCGUCUCUGCUGGAAGACGUGUGGAGGAAAUCUGUUCAGUGGAAAAGUGUUUGGAUUCCUACUGCAUGAGGUGACAGAGCCAGGAAAGUAGUGACUGUGACCUGAAAUCAAUCAAUUCAACUACAGUCACUGUUUGACAAAAACAGUACAGCAUCGAAGAAAAUAAAGAGUAUAAGAUUUAAUUUUACACUAGGUAGGAAUCAAUACUUUAAUAGUGCAUAAUAUUAUAAAUAACAUUGUUAUUAACAUUCUGUAAACAUUGUCAAACUGUUUUUGGUACUUUUUUUAUUUCUCUGCGCUAAAGAUGGCCAGAGCUGUUAAAUCUUCAUACUGUGUCAAAACAGGAAGUGCAAUUCAGACAGAACCACGAGUUUCAUGUUUAUGUGGAAGUAAAGUAUCAGUGUUUCAGAAAGGAAAGAAUUAAAAAAAUAAAACUGGUGCUUUCUGUAAAUCAAAGUUUCCCCUACUUUUAACAGAAUGGUUGAGAGUUUUUAGUAGUUCACAAAGGAGAAUUAUCAAGAAAGGAGACGGUGAUAUGAAAUGUCCAUUAACUGGAUCAUUCCUUUUUGAAGGAAAAAUAACUUGAGCCUUCACGUUCAAAAGCUAUUGGCUUGUUUGGCUAAAACCAAGCUGUGUAAGUUAGUUUCCUACAUCUUGUUUUUUUUUUUUUUUUUUUAACAACUUAUCUUUGUUUGGUCUGCUGUAGCGUGAAUGCCGUGCUACUUUCAUUACUGUUGUUUGUGGUCUUUAAUUUCAACCCUCAACUACCUUAAACAAGUGUUAACGGACCAUAAAGCUGUGGUGCAUUUUUAUUGUUUUGGGGUGGGGUAGGGGGCUGUCGACAAAACCUAAAUGUCCUCAUCAGGUUUAACUGACCUCCAAACAGACACAGAUAAGAGCCAACGUAUGACCUUCAUCAGGGAAAUAUAAACAAACUUGUCUGAGUUUUAUCAGUGACUUGGCAAAAAAAUGUUGUCAAGUCAGUCCACAUUUCCUGCACUCUGUGUAUCUUUUUUACUGGACAAUAAUAUUGUACCUUGUUGCCUUCAGGGUUACCUUUUAUGCAGAGCAAACAUUCACCAUAAAAUGUCUAAGGUUAUGUUUAAAUUGUGAAAUAAUGUGUUAAUUAAAAUGUAUCAUUCCAGAAACUAGCAAAAUGAGUUAAUCUGUCUAAAGCCAUAAUUUAAAGUUGUCUUUAUGAAUAUGAGCACCUGUUUUUUUUUUUUUCUUGAUUAAAAUAUUCAUACACCUA